AAAACUGAGAUAGUGUCUGAAUCUUGUUCGAUCUGACAACACUUGCCGAAUGGCGUCUCUCAAAAGUUUCCAAAAUGUCUUGUUGAUAAUGAUGAUGACCGGUGAAAUAUUGUUUGGAAUUCAUUCCACGUCAAAGAUAGACGGGAAUAUUACCAGAAACUCAAAUAAUAAAAAGUAUACAAUAAAAAUGGACUUGGAGAUUGACGAGGGCACCGAAAAAGAUACGUCUUCUCCACCGAAAUGGAUACAAGAGUACUGUAAAUCUAAAGUGGGAAUCAGCAGAGUCGCAUUUCCUUGUCAGCUGCCUCUUGAACGAAAAAACAAAGAUUUGCCAAGGGAUUGUAAAGAAGUUCAAUCUAGAGGUUAUAAUACUUCUGGUGUUUAUGAAAUCCAGCCUAACAAAAAAAGGCCUUCCUUCAUGGUUUUGUGUGAUAUGGAAAUAAAAGGAGGAGGAUGGACUCACAUCCAUAAAAGAUUCGAUGGGUCCGUGGACUUUUACUUACGCUGGAGGGAGUAUAAAUUUGGAUUUGGUGAUCUGAAUGGAGAAUUCUGGAUCGGACUUGAGAAUAUGCAUGUGCUAACAGCACUAGAUCUCGAUAAAACAGAGCUAUUAGUGGAAAUAGUCACUAGGGGAAAUGAAUAUGGAUAUGCCCACUAUAAGGAUUUCAAAGUUGGAUCCGAACCAGAUGGGUAUCCUUUGGAACGGUUGUCUGUUUACAGUGGAGAUGCAGGGGAUUCCCUAGAUUGGCAUCGAGGGAUGAAAUUCACCACACAGGAUGUUGAUCAAGAUAAGUCCGAUGAAAACUGCGCGGUUUUUGCUAAAGGGGCAUAUUGGUAUAACAAUUGCUUUGCAAGUAACCUCAAUGGAGAACUUAUCAACCACGAAGUCCCAGGAAGAGUGAGAGAAGGAAUGAGUUGGGAUUCCUGGAAGAAUUACGAAGGACGAAGUAAAGUUUUGGCAAAGGCCCGAAUGCUUAUCAGAUCCAGUGUUGAACAACACCAGGCAGCAAACCAGCCAAACGAACCUGCUAUGCUGACGCUAGGUUGAGCCACAGAUGUAUUGUCAAAAUCGAUGUUGGAAUCAUAAGCCAUUAUAUUAUUUGAAUUUUG